UAAACAAUGGCCAGGGUUGGCGAGGGUCUCGUUCGGUCGGAUCUUAACAACUACGCUUCUGCCUCAAACUUACAGUUAAACGAGAAGGUGAAAGAGCUUAUGGCCUCUGGAAAGCAAGUGUAUCAUUUAGCGUUCGGUCAGUCACCCUUUCCAGUGGUAGAGUCAGCCCGCUUGGUUCUCGCACAGAACGCUGAUAAGAAUGCUUACCUGCCCGUGGCUGGAAUCUCACAGCUGAGGAACGCAAUCUGUGAAUUUCAUCGAGAAUUUGACGGUUUUGAAGUUUUUCCAGACAAUGUUAUUGUUGGACCAGGCUCUAAAGAGCUGAUCUUCCUUCUCCUAGCGGUUUUCAAUGGUGACGUCUUCGUUUUGUCUCCUACGUGGACAACGUUCAAGCCACAAGCUCGCCUAGCACACCACGAUGCCAUUGUUAUUACAACUGAGUAUCGGCACGACUGGCGAGUAACCCCUGACAUCUUAGAUCGAGCUCUUAGCCGAUCAUGAGCAAGGAACAAAAUCAUCAUUUUGGUCAACCCUGAUAAUCCUACAGGAACUGCGUACGCUCAGGAACACUGGAAAGCAUUACUACCGGUGCUCAGACAACACAAUGCAAUCGUACUAUCCGAUGAGAUUUAUGGACGCUUGAACUUUGCAGACUCUCACUGUUCAUUGGUCAAAUUUUAUCCAGAAGGAACCAUUCUGAGUUCAGGUUUGUCAAAGUGGGCAAGUGCAGGAGGUUGGAGGGUCGGCUAUCAGAUCUACCCACCUCAAUUAAGACCCUUGUUAGAUGCUGUCAAAAGAGCUGCAAGUCAUACUUACUCAUGUGCCGCUGCACCCGUGCAGUAUGCUGCUGUAACCUACUUUACUCCAUCUAAAGAGUCCAAAGCUUACAUAGCCCACGAACGUCGCAUCCUGGCAGCUGUAGCUGACUACAGUUAUCAGCACCUUACAGAAGUAGGGGUGAGAGCUGUGAAACCUCAGGGUGGCUUUUACAUGUUUCCUGAUUUUGAAGUCAUCAGAUAUGCACUCUCCAAUCGUGGUAUUACCACUGCACAACAAAUGUGUGAUGCAAUCUUUGAAGAGGUGUUGGUUGCUCUCAUGCCUGGAGGUCCAGCAUUCCUUAGACCUUUAACAGAGCUCACUGUCCGUAUGUGUUUCGUCAAUUUUGAUGGUAGUGUUGCAUUGAAGGCCAGUGUGGCUAUUGGACUUCACAGCCCACUUCCUGAAGGAUUUGUGGAGGAACACUGUAUGCUGACGGCACAUGGAAUCCAGGCUCUCAAACAGUGGAUUCUUAAUCAAAAGGCCAGUGUGUCUCAUGACUUGUAAAGCUUUUCAAAAAUGGCCAUCCUAACUUAUACAGCCACUUUAUUAUUCCAAGUGUUCAGUGCUAAAACAAAUACUAAAUUACCAUUUUAUUUAUUUAGCAAUCUCCAUAAACUAGCAGAAAAUGAUUGCCAAAAAAUUGAUUUUGCCCUUUCUUUGGGAAAGCUUCCUGUUAAAUUACAAGACGGUAUUGUAGCAUUUUCCUAUUGAAGAUUGUAUUUUUUUAAAUACUGUUCAAUCUUCACACUAUUAACCCUCAGAUACCUGAACUCACCACUAUUUUGAAUAUAAAUUGGUUCCACAAGUGGCACACUGGACUGACUUGUACAGUUCCUAGAGCUUAUAACAGUUUCUGUGAAUAAACCAUCCAAGAAUGGAAGAGCCUGGUUUCAAUAAGGAAGGGGGCUUGAAAACAAGUGCCAGAGGCAAAACUUUGUUGAGGGGGUCUGAGGCUAUGCUCCCUCAUAACAUUUUUAAAUACCUUUUACAUAUGUACAUCAUAUUAAAACAAUAUCCUCGCGCAAAAUAAGGGGCUAAAUGCCUCCCUCCCCAGCUUUACCCACUCCCCUCAGAUGGGACUCUAAUCCAACCUACUGGUAGCUUACAUCUCAAGAGUGACCUGCUUCUGAUUUCUCCCUACAGCAUCUGCCUUUAAUCAAAUGAUAAGGUGAUAAGAAUAAAGGAAAUGAUCACCAAUUUAAGAAGCUCCUGAUUGAAAUGCAGAGAGAACUGUGGAGAAUAUGAAUACUAACAUUAUGGUGUAAAUGAAUGAACUAGAGGUCAGAAUAUUUUGAUAAUAAUGCUGGACUCAAAAGUCAAUUGUGUCUUACAGUGUAUCAUCAUAUCAACCAAUUUUUCCUGAAUGUGUUAAUCCCACCUUACUUACUUGAACCUUUUUUUCUGGUCCCCCUGAAGUUGCUAAGAUCAGACAUCCUACAAGGUGGAAGGAGUGGUGGGAAAGGCUGGUUUUGAACAUCAUUCUUCGUAGAUGUUUAAGAGGCAUUAGUUAGGAAUUUCAUCUUAAGACCCACGAUGGUAGCAAUAGUGGUAGUAAUAGAGUGUGUGAUGAUCAUUAGUGAUAGUGAUAUUGAUAACAACUGUGCAGGUACUCAUAUUAAUAGUAAUAACAAUAAUGACAAUGAUAGGGACAAUUUUAUUAAGCAAUGACGAUAUUGUAAUUCUUGAGCAUUAGUGUAGCAGCCCACUCAGAUUUACUUUUUAAUUGACUUCAAUAUGUGCCAGGAUUGAAUAAGGAUAUUUAAACACAAAAUUUAUUUAUUGAUGGCCAGGUUUCUUCAAUUGCUCAAUGUUUGCGAUCAAAGGUUGAGUGCCCAAUGAUUUUUUGCCUGACAUGAAGUGAUCAUGAUUAUUACUGUAUAAUAUUAAUAAUAAUAUUUAAUAUUUAUAUUGAGCAUUUUCUCUAAUAAUAAUCAAAUGUGUAUCACAAACAUUACAAUAAAUACAAAAUAAGUUGAAUUACCAUUGUUUUGGACUUACUAGCCUCGUCUUCA